AUGUGGGGUUUGGCAGUGCUUUUUCUUACUCUCUUACAAUGUAUCCCAACUCGAGGCAUAUGGGAUAAAACUAUCGAGGCAUCUUGCAAUGUAGACGGUCAAAUGUUCCUCUUCGCCAUCUCGAUUCCAAAUAUUCUUCUCGACAUUACUAUUCUCACACUUCCUAUCCCUUACGUUAUCCGUCUUAAUGUUGCAAAGAGUCAAAAAAGAGCUGUGAUAACUAUCUUCCUUCUAGGUGGUUUUGUUUGUGUCGCUUCUAUAAUGCGGCUGAUUGCUGUUAUCACCCAGAAGGAUGACGCUGAUAUAUCCUGGAAUAUCGUUAACCAGAGCAUCUGGGCUACUGUUGAAGCUAAUUUUGCAAUUAUCUCAGCUUGCCUACCAACCCUGCGACCGGUAUGGGUAGCAAUUCGAAAGAAAAGUUUUUAUAGCAAACAGUCAAGUUUAUCGUAUCAGCAUGCUGCCGGAACUACGCCGCCAAGGCGUAAACCAUCUUCAUGGGCGACAUUGAUCCUCAAAACCAAAGCUGACAAUGAAGAGGAUAGUUUGCCAUUAUCAACUGUACGUGAGCCUACCGGAGACCUUUCAUGCUCUGGUCGGGCGAUAUCAUUAUCAAACACUGCUGUCGUCGCCAGUGUUAAACAAUCAUCCUCAUUAUGGCGACAGCAAAUAUCACACCAACAAAGAUGGAGCUCCCACUCUCCUCUAGGCACAGGGUUAGAUCCUUCAAGAAAAAAGGUGACCAUGGGAACUCUUCAAUCUAUGUUUAAAAAGGGGGAACCUAUCACGGUCAUGACAGCCCAUGAUUUUCCAAGUGCACAUGUCGCAGAUGCUGCUGGGAUGGACGUGGUACUUGUGGGAGAUAGCCUAGCGAUGGUCGCUUUAGGGAUGGAAGAUACCAGUGAAGUAACGGUUGAAGACAUGUUGCUACACUGUCGAUCAGUCGCACGUGCCACCAAAGCAGCCUUCACAGUGGGAGAUCUUCCCAUGGGGUCGUAUGAAAUCUCGCCGGAGCAAGCACUAGAAACAGCCAUACGAUUCGUCAAACAGGGCCGUGUCCAAGGUAUCAAGUUGGAAGGAGGAAUAGAGAUGGCACCAACCAUUGCGAAGAUAACCAAAGCCGGUAUACCUGUCUUAGGCCAUAUCGGGCUUACGCCCCAACGCCAAGGAUCCCUCGGCGGAUUUAGAGUCCAGGGGAAAACGUCAAAAGGCGCAAUGAAAGUCCUCGAGGACGCGUUGGCCGUCCAAGAAGCUGGAUGCUUCGGUAUGGUGGUGGAAGCUGUUCCAGCGGAAGUCGCAAGUAUCAUCACACAGAAGCUACGCGUCCCGACCAUCGGAAUCGGUGCGGGAAAUGGUUGUGCUGGCCAGGUACUCGUCCAGGUCGACAUGACCGGUAAUUUCCCACCGGGUCGUUUUAUUCCUAAGUUCGUAAAACAGUAUGGUAAUGUGUGGGCCGAAAGCCGUAGAGCAAUCGAGUCUUAUCGGGAGGAGGUAAAAACCCGCCAAUACCCAGCUCCGGAGCAUACAUAUCCUAUCUCUCCAGGAGAGCUUGAGGCAUUCAUAAAAGAUAUUGAGAAGCUAUGA